CGUGCGGCGGCGGUAUAGGAGCGAGCGCCACGGCGAGCGGGACCAGCCGAGUGCUGCCGCCGCCGCCCGCCGCUCGCUACCUCUGCGCCGCCGCCCCGCACCCGUCCGCUGCGCCCCCAGCCGCCCGUGCCCCGGGCCUGCCCGUCAGCGAGGGGGCGAGCGGCCUCGGUGCCCGGCCUCCGUGAGGGGGGCGUCCGGACGGACCCUGAGCCUCGCCUUCACGCGCUGCGGCCGACCGCGCCUCCUCGGCCGCCUGCCCGGCAUGAAGACCAAGUUCUGCAACGGGGGCGAGGCGGAGCCCUCGCCGCUCGGGUUGCUGCUGAGCUGCGGCAGCGGCAGCGCGGCCCCGGCGCCCGGUGUGGGGCAGCAGCGCGACGGCGCCAGUGACCGCGAGCCCAAGCAGCUGGGCGGGCGGCAGCCGCCGCUCGCGCUGCCCCCGCCGCCGCCGCCGCCGCUGCCCCUACCCCCGCCGCCCCCGCCGCCGCCGCCGGCGGACGACCAGCCCGAGCCCCGGACGCGGCGCAGGGCCUAUCUGUGGUGCAAGGAGUUCCUGCCCGGCGCCUGGCGGGGCCUUCGCGAGGACCAGUUCCACAUCAGUGUCAUCAGAGGUGGCCUCAGCAACAUGCUGUUCCAGUGCUCCUUGCCCGACACCCUGGCCACCGUCGGAGACGAGCCUCGGAAGGUGCUCCUGCGGCUGUACGGGGCGAUCCUGAAGAUGGUAUUUUUGAUAAAGCUGUGGAAUGGAAAGCGGUCCUGUAAUAAGGAGGGAUCCGAACAAGCUCAGAAAGACAGUGAAUUUCAAGGCGCCGAGGCCAUGGUCCUGGAGAGCGUCAUGUUUGCCAUUCUCGCCGAGAGGUCGCUGGGGCCGAAGCUCUUCGGCAUUUUCCCCCAAGGCCGCCUGGAGCAGUUCAUCCCGAGCCGGCGAUUAGACACUGAAGAAUUAAGUUUGCCAGAUAUUUCUGCAGAAAUAGCUGAGAAAAUGGCCAGAUUUCAUGGUAUGAAAAUGCCAUUCAAUAAGGAACCAAAAUGGCUCUUUGGAACAAUGGAAAAAUACCUGAAUCAAGUGCUGAGAAUUAGGUUUACCGGGGAGUCCAAAGUGAAGCAGCUGCACAGGUUCCUCAGCUACAACCUGCCUUUGGAGCUGGAAAACCUGAGGUCAUUGCUUGAAUCCACUCCGUCUCCCGUCGUGUUCUGCCACAAUGACUGUCAGGAAGGUAACAUCUUACUGCUGGAUGGCAGGGAGAAUUCGGAAAAACAGAAACUCAUGCUCAUCGACUUUGAAUACAGCAGUUACAACUAUAGGGGAUUCGACAUUGGGAAUCAUUUCUGUGAAUGGAUGUAUGAUUAUAAUUAUGAAAAGUACCCUUUUUUCAGAGCAAACAUCCUGAAGUACCCCACCAGGAAACAACAGCUCCAUUUUAUUUCCAAUUACUUGGCUGCAUUCCAAAAUGAAUUUGAAAACCUCAGUAACGAAGAAAAGUCUGUUAUAGAAGAAGAAAUGCUGCUUGAAGUCAAUAGGUUUGCCCUCGCGUCCCAUUUCUUCUGGGGACUCUGGUCCAUCGUUCAGGCCAAGAUUUCCUCCAUUGAAUUUGGGUACAUGGAGUACGCCCAAGCCAGGUUCGAUGCCUACUUUGACCAGAAGAGGAAGCUCGGGGUGUGACCGUGUGCGGCCUUCCUGCCUGCAUCCCUGGAUGGCGUGGGGGCGGCCGAGCCCGCGGCCCCUCUGUGCUCCAACUACUGUACCCACAACCGGAAGGCUCAGACGUCUCGCCGCCCAACACAGAUGUGUAUGAUACGAAAGACUGUAUUAAAAUUGAGUAACAUUUAUCUCUUAUCUCGUUUACGACCUCACUAGGACUCUGACCUGAGACUGGGAAGCAGAAUUAUAGUACACUAGCGCAGCAUUGCAGCAUCUCAGACCCCUCAUCUAGAGAAGACGUUUCUGUCGCAGUCGGACGUGGCGCCCGCAGCGUCACUCCAGGUGCCUUUUGUGGUGAAUGUUGAUCUUUACAUGAUGUGAACGGCCACGCUGGCGGACAGCGCUGAGCGGCUCUGUGACGGGCGUGCAGACGCCGCCCGCUCCCGAGGGGGCGGUGACACUGACCAUGCUCCUUGGCUUGACCGCCCCCGACGGCGCGGGCCCGGGAGGAGCGUGGCUACCUGCUUCCUGUCGUCCGAACUUCCCUCCGCCGGUGAAUCUCACCCCAACUGGAUGUGCCCCGCCCCGUGCCCUCUAACAAAGUGCUUUAUUAACCCUGGCUUCGGGGCAGGCGGCAGGCCAUGGCCACCGAGGGCCACGUGGACGCACCUGCCCCCCCACCUGCUCUCUGCCCCCCUGCUCAGCCUGGAGCUGGGGCUGCUCUGGCAGGGCCGGCCCCCUGCCCCCAGGCCUGGUCCUGCCCCGUGCCCUCAGAAGCCUCCUGCCGCCCCCGGUGCUGGGGCCUCGGCGUGCCCACGCCCGCUGCCCGCUCAUGUGGUCAUCGCGCGGCGAUCCCAGUGGGAGACCACAGCCCGUGCGUGGAGUCUGGGGGUGUGGAUAGAGUAUAGCUGUGAAGUCCAUGUAUAUUAAAUGUCCUUUGGGAUAAAUCCUUUUGUUUUUUACUCUGAACUCUUAUUUGAAUUGUUUUUUUGUGCAUACAUUCCUGCUACCACAAAGACUGUACCAUACAAACAAUAAAGAGUAUAAAAGCCUGUC